GACGUCGCUGAUUUUCACAGAGGAUUGGUCGGAGAAUGUCUGGCAAGAGUUACACACGACCGUGAAGGUGUUCGUAAGGUCCUCAGAGCAGCCCUUCUCUUUGUAAGUCUGGAUCUUGGCAGCUUCAGCAGUCACGGCUGCCAGUAGCAAGAGAACACACAAAUGACGCGAGAGAGCCAUGACUACCGAGCGCUGCAGAUGAGGCUUCAAGAAAUGCUGACGGACAGAGAGUCAUGCAUUGGGAAGCUGUCGGAGGCUGGAUUACGAGCCACAUCGCACUGGCCAACCUUCUCAAUUUAACGUGAUAAAAAUUCAGGCCUUAAAUCGGGCAAUUAUUCAAGAUGGCUUCAGUGUUGUGCUUUUGAGGACUUUGGUCUCAGGUUCUCAACUUAUGCCGUCCGAAGACGGGUUUCGUGGAAUACAUGACAGAAAAUCAGUCGAUAUGGAAUGUCGGGUGAUCGUUUACAAUAAUGAUGAGUGAAGUCCCAAGCACGUUGCAGGUCGUGGCUUUCGAUUC